AUGACUGACAAUGUUAUUUAUUCCGUUUUAGAGUUUUCUACUGCAUCCCAAGCCCAGAAUGACUACAGACUGCAGCAAAAAGCUUCUUCUUCAAGAUCCCCUCUCUCUUACUACGUGGCAGUAGCGUUGGGGCUUCUGUGUGCCAUUCUAGUGACUUUGCUGCUUUUCCAGUGGAUUCUGUGCCGGGGUUCCAAGUUCUCCACUUGUGCCAGCUGUCCUAGCUGCCCAGACCUCUGGGUGAGGUAUGGUGACCAUUGUUAUUACUUCUCAGUGGAAGAAAAGAACUGGAAUUCUAGCCUGGAAUUCUGCUUAGCCAGAGAUGCACAUCUCCUUAUGUUUAAAGACAACCAGGAAAUGUUCCCGCUCCGAAAUUUCCUCAGUCAGGACUUUUACUGGGUUGGUCUGAGAAACAAUUCUGGCUGGAGAUGGGAAGAUGGAUCAGCCUUAAACGCCUCAAGAAUAUUUUCAAACAGCUUGGUACAGAAGUGUGGUACCAUCAGCAAAAGUGGUCUCCAAGCCUCUAGCUGUGAAGUUGCUUUACCGUGGGUCUGUAAGAAGGUCAGACAUUGAUGAAUGGUCAGUCUGUCAUGUGGCUCCCUAAAAAGAGGGAGCUGGCCUCUGGGUGUCAGGUUAGUCAUGGGUACAUAUUUAGUGAGUGCUACCCUUCUAGGAUAUGCAUUAGAUGUGAGAUUAAUGCUGCCUCCCUGGGAUUGAUGGUUUCUUGCUGGACUUUCUGAGAGUAUUUAGAUAUUAUCUUAACAACUUAAAGACUGGAUGUAGGCAAAUUUGUGAAAUAGAUGUGCCUUUAGUAUUUCUCACUCUAGUGACUAAGGUUGCCUCCUUCAACGCCAUCAUCUCUGUCAAAAAUGUACUUUUUCUACGUUAUAUUCUGAGCUCGGCUGAUGAAAUCUGUGCAGAUAUGUACUAUUGCCAAUGUACUAGAGGGUUUUUAUGUGUGCCAGUGGGUUGACAUGCUACUCCUCGCUGAUAAUAUAUUUUUAUCCUAACAGUGGUCCUUUGCAGAUAAAGCUUUAUUCUAAAGAAUGAUGCAAAUGGUGAGAAAAUAAGCUGUGGAAGGUGAAUGAGAGCAGGGUGGUGCUUUGAUUCUCAGCUCUUCACACUUCCUCAAAGAGCUGGCCUUGACGGAUUUUAGUUUUUCUGAGAACACAUAGGUGUGGUUGAAUAAACCAAUGUGUGACUGUCUUUUCCAUGUUUUGAAUGCGAUUUGCACAUUAAUUUCACAAUAAUGGUC